AUGGCGAGAUUUAGAACAUUCUUGUCUCGUUAUUCCAUUUUUUCCGACCUAUCAUCUGCAUCAUCGAAUUCACGGCGAUCCAUCGGCCCUCUCACAACACCUUCUCCAUCUUCUGCCGUAUCAAUGUCUCGAUUUAUCCUUCUGUGCAGUUUCUGGUACGCCACCUCUGCACUUUCGUCAAAUACUGGCAAGACUAUCCUCAAUCAAUGGAAUCACCCUGUCACCCUCACCAUCAUACAAUUCGCAUUCGUCGCCGGUUACUGUCUACUCUUCAUGUCGCCAGUCAUUCAAUUUACAAAAUUGCGUCCACCAACUGGCGCCAUUUUGCGAAGCACCCUGCCCAUGGGCAUGUUCCAAGUUGGUGGUCACAUGUUCUCUAGCAUUGCAAUUUCCAAAAUACCCGUCAGCACCGUUCAUACUAUCAAGGCUUUAUCUCCACUGUUCACCGUUGCCGCUUACGCCAUGCUUUUCGGCGUCAAGUACUCCCCAAGGACGUAUUUCUCUCUACUCCCCCUGACCAUUGGUGUCAUGCUGGCAUGUACGUUUGAGUCCGCCUCAAAUCCGACAGGUCUCCUUUGCGCAUUUGGUUCUGCCCUUGUGUUCGUCAGUUCCAAUAUCUUCUUUAAGAAGAUCAUGCCAUCAGGGUCGCAGACAUCGUCACACAAGUUGGACAAACUCAACUUGUUAUUUUAUUCUUCGGCCAUGGCAUUCGCAUUGAUGAUCCCUGUUUGGUGCUUCACCGAUCUUCCCCUCCUUGCUGCCGACUCCGUUCAUGUCACGCACCCGAUUCGUGGACACGAGGCUCCUCAUUCUAUCCCGUAUUAUUUCUUUAUGAACGGUACCGUCCACUUUGCGCAGAAUAUCAUCGCAUUUGUGAUCCUUUCCAGCACGUCUCCUGUGACGUACUCUAUCGCCUCCCUCAUCAAGCGUGUCGUUGUCAUCUGUAUCGCCAUAGUAUGGUUCAACCAGAACAUACACCCCAUGCAGGGCCUCGGUAUCGGGAUGACCUUUCUCGGUUUAUACCUGUAUAAUACGACGAAGAGUGAUGUAGAGCGAGGGGAGAACAAAAUGCGCAGAGUGGAGGCGACGCGGGACAUGAUGCUCCCUAUCAAUCGGACAGAAGAGAAGUUAUUGAAUGGAAGCUCACCACCAACCCCCGUCCCUAGUACGCCGGGGCUUCCUGUGGCCGCAGCCACAGGAAUGGGGGCAUACCCUGCUGCUAGUCGACCGCGGGUGCAGAUCUCAACAAAUGCACAUCUACACCCAGAUUCACGUGGGAACGGGCAUGGGCAUGCUAACCAAAUCUCUUCUCAGGACCCUUCGUCCAUCUUUUCAAAGCGAAAUACCAUUUCGCCUACAGAGCCGUACCCGUCACCGCCUCCCUCCAUAGACUCGCCAACUUCCAAUGCGGUCCCUGUUGGAUAUCAGAUUCCGCGUAUACAACAGCAUUUCGGGAUGGAGUCGUUCACUGUGGGACACGUUACUGCUUGA